AUGGCGGCCACAUCAGCUCGAGCCUUCAUGCUCUUCCGUGUAACGGACGCGUCACGGAAGAAGCUCCUCCUCCACCAACCGCCACCGUCGUCGUCGUCUCCUCGCCGCUUACCGCGCCGCGUUCCGAAUCGCGCGGUGACCUCCUCUGUCAUCAGCUGCCUCAGCGGAGGCGGAGUCUCCUCCGACGAUUCAUACGUGUCUACUCGUAAGUCGAAGCUGGACCGAGGUUUCGCCGUGAUCGCGAAUUUGGUGAACCGGAUCCAGCCGCUUGACACCUCCGUCAUCUCCAAAUCCUUAUCCGAUUCGGCAAAGGACUCGAUGAAGCAGACGAUAUCGUCUAUGCUCGGACUCCUUCCUUCCGGUCAAUUCUCCGUCUCCGUCACCAUCUCCGAGCAGCCUCUGUAUCGUCUCCUCAUUUCUUCCAUCAUCACCGGGUAUACGUUGUGGAAUGCGGAGUAUCGUGUGUCACUGACGAGAAAUUUCGAUAUACCGACUAAUCCUAGGAGGGAGGAGGAUCAAUCUUCGGAAGAUAAUGUUGGAUUUGGUUCAGAGAAUGGAGUGAGGGAGGAUUUAGGGAAUGGUGUUGAAGAAUUAGAGAGAAUGAGUUCUCAGGUGUUCGGAGACUUGUCACCGGAAGCGUUGAGUUAUAUUCAGCAUUUGCAGUCUGAGUUAUCUAACAUGAAAGAGGAGCUAGAUACACAGAAGAAGAAAGCUAUGCGGAUAGAAUGUGAGAAAGGGAACAAGAAUGACUUGUUGGAGUAUUUGCGUUCGUUAGAUUCGGAGAUGGUGACUGAGCUAUCUCAACUAUCUUCACCGGAAGUGGAAGAGAUCGUGAGCCAGCUUGUUCAAAACGUGAUACAGAAGAUCUUCGAAGACCAGACUAGUUCAGCUUUAUUGCGAGGUUCUGCUAUAAGGGCUACAGAAGGUGGUGAUGGAACCGGUAGAAAAGUAGACACUUCCAGAGAUUACCUUGCAAAGCUCCUUUUCUGGUGUAUGCUAUUGGGACAUCAUUUAAGAGGGUUGGAGAAUAGAUUACAUCUCAGCUGUGUUGUUGGGUUGUUGUAA